CAGAUGACACGGCUCCUCACCUAAAUCCUACUGCUGCAGCGUGGAGCGCUGGCGACUCACUGCUCCAUCACAACGACGCCAACCACCUCACCUCACUAACUCAGCUCCCACCCGCGCAGAGCCAAGACCAAAGAUCCCCGACCGCGCGGCAGGUGCCGAGCCGAGAGCGAGCGAGCGUGCCGCAGCAUGGCCGCGCCCGCGCCAUGCAGGGAGCUCACCGGCCUCCGGCGGGUGACAGCCGCGGCGAGGCUGCUGCCGGGGCGCCCGGGCGCGAGCGAGCUCUGCCUCGCGCCGUUCCACCACGCGGCGCCGCGGCGGCAGCAGCGGCGGGGCGUCAAGGUGGUGGCGGCUAUCAGCGAGGACCUGCCGAGGCUCGCGGCGCCCGGGAAGAAGGGCGCGGCGGAGGGCGGCGGGCGGCCGGAGAAGGUGCUGAUGCGGGCGGCGCUGACGGUGCGCCGGAAGCAGAAGGAGGACCUCAAGGAGGCCAUGGCCGGCCACCUCGACGCGCUCUGGGACAUGGUCGGCCGGAGCGUCGCGCUCGAGCUCAUCAGCACCAAGAUCCACCCCAGGACCAAGAAGCCGAUGCUGAGCGGCCAGGCAUCGAUCAAGGACUGGUGCCAGAAGAGGGGCGUCAAGGGAGAGCACGUCGUGUACACAGCAGAGUUCAUGGUGGAUUCGGACUUCGGCGAGCCGGGUGCCAUCACCGUGGCCAACCGGCACCACCGGGAGUUCUUCCUGGAGAGCAUCGUCGUCGAGGGCGGGCUUCCGUGUGGGCCGGUGCACUUCGCCUGCAACUCCUGGGUGCAGACCACCAGGGAACUGCCGACCAAGAGGGUGUUCUUCAGCAACAAGCCAUAUUUACCAUCUGAAACACCACCUGGGCUUAGAGAACUAAGGGAUAAGGAGCUGAAGGACCUGAGAGGAGAUGGCACAGGAGUGCGAAAGUUAUCUGACAGAAUAUAUGAUUAUGCGACAUACAAUGAUUUGGGCAAUCCGGAUCGGGGGAAAGAGUUCAUCAGGCCGAUCCUUGGAGGCGAGAAGAUCCCUUACCCACGGCGGUGCCGAACUGGUCGUCCACCAACCGAUACCAACAUGACGGCUGAGAGCAGAGUAGAGAAACCGCAUCGGAUAUAUGUACCCCGGGAUGAAGCAUUUGAGGAGCUGAAGCAGGGAGCCUUCUCAGCUGGGAGGCUCCGGGCAGUACUUCACACCCUUAUCCCAUCGAUGAUUGCAACCAUCUCAGCUGAUACCCACAACUUCCAAGGCUUCCACCACGUUGAUAAUCUCUACAAGGAGGGCCUCAGGCUGAAGUUGGGUCUCCAAGAGCACCUAUUCCAGAAGAUACCCCUUGUUCAGAAGAUUCAGGAAUCGAGUGAGGGGAUGCUUCGCUAUGAUACACCUAGCAUCCUUUCCAAGGACAAGUUUGCAUGGCUCCGUGAUGACGAGUUUGCUCGGCAGACUGUGGCAGGAAUAAACCCAGUUAACAUCGCGAGGCUCACGGUUUUCCCACCAGUGAGCAAGCUGGAUCCUGCAAUAUAUGGCUCACCAGAAUCAUCGAUUACAGAAGCAGACAUUGCUUGUCAGCUCAAUGGACUCACAGUACAACAGGCAAUGGACGAGGCAAAGCUGUUCAUAUUGGACUAUCAUGAUGCCUACCUGCCAUUCUUGGACCGGAUUAAUGCGAUAGAGGGACGGAAGGCAUAUGCAACCCGGACAAUCUUGUUCCUUACCCAAGCUGGCACACUGAAACCAAUUGCUAUUGAACUUAGUCUUCCUCCAAGCCAGCCAGGCGAGCCUCGGCUAAGCAAGGUCCUCACCCCUCCCUCUGAUGCUACCACCAACUGGCUCUGGAUGCUUGCCAAAGCUCAUGUCAGCUCCAACGACGCUGGUGUUCAUCAGCUCGUAAAUCACUGGCUGAGGACACAUGCUAUGAUGGAGCCAUUCAUCUUGGCAGCGCACCGGCGAAUGAGCGCUAUGCACCCGAUCUUCAAGCUCCUGCACCCCCACAUGCGGUACACGCUGGAGAUCAAUGCGCUUGCACGGCAGAGCCUGAUCAGCGCGGACGGCGUCAUCGAGUCCUGCUUCACCCCUGGCCCUGUCUCAGGCGAGAUCAGCGCCGCGUACUACCGCAACCACUGGCGGUUCGACCUUGAGGGCCUCCCUUCCGACCUCGUCCGCAGGGGAGUGGCCGUGGAGGACGCGUCGCAGCCUCACGGCAUCAGGCUCCUCAUCGAGGACUACCCUUAUGCCAACGACGGGCUUCUGCUGUGGUCGGCCAUCCGCAACUGGGUCGAGUCGUACGUGCAGCUCUACUACCCGGACGCCGGCACGGUGCAGAACGACGACGAGCUCCAGGGGUGGUACCACGAGACGGUCCACGUCGGCCACGCCGACAUCCGGGACGCGCCGUGGUGGCCGUCGCUCUCGACGCCGAGCGACCUCGCGUCCAUCCUCACGACGCUCAUCUGGCUGGCGUCGGCGCAGCACGCGGCGCUCAACUUCGGGCAGUACCCGCUGGGCGGGUACGUCCCGAACCGGCCGCCGCUGAUGCGGCGGCUGCUGCCGGACCCGGAGCGCGACGCCGCCGAUUACGCGGCGUUCCUGGCGGAUCCGCACCGGUUCUUCCUGAACGCGAUGCCGGGGGUGCUGGAGGCCACCAAGUUUAUGGCGGUGGUGGACACGCUGUCGACGCACUCGCCCGACGAGGAGUACCUCGGCGAGGGCCGCGACGAGCCGUGGACGGGGGACGCGGCCGCCGUCGCGGCGCACGCCAUGUUCGCGGCCGACGUGCGCCGCGCCGAGGAGACCAUCGAGCGGCGCAACGCGGACCAGGGAAGGAAGAACCGGUGCGGCGCCGGCGUGCUGCCGUACGAGCUGCUGGCGCCCAGCUCGCCGCCGGGGGUCACGUGCCGCGGCGUGCCCAACAGCAUCUCCAUAUGAUGCAUCGUACAAGAAGAGACCCCUUGAUUUUUUUUCCCCUUCAUUUUUCUACGGGUAAAUGCAGUAUAAUCAUUUUGAGGAAAUGUACUGUUUUUCAAGCAAAAAUACGGGAGUUUCACUCCUGAAUUAAACUGAAUCUUCACAUUUUGGAGAGUCAGUGAUCAGGCAGACGGGAGGGUACAGAGAACAACAACGCCGGAACAGCGCAUCUGCCAAGCUUGAGGUUUGAAACUGAAUGUUGCCUCCAUGUCGGUGCUUGACUUGAACUUGAGCAGCUGUACUCCCAAGAGCGUGAAAUUUCUCGAAAAGUAGAAGGGUGUGUAAAAAGUCUGAGAAUUAUCGAGUAUGAAGUGCGGAAAAGUGUGCUUGCAAAAUGUGUGGGAAAUUGAGUUGAAUGAAAUCGUAGAAUUUCGAGUUACUA